UGCUGAUGGACUAGUAUGACCUGUAUGUCUAUGUGUGUGAAAGUGUGAUGGAGGGGGACAGACGCACAAUAUACAAAAGAGAGAAAGAGAGGACAUCACGCGCAAAAAAGAACAAUUUUACCAUUUUACGCUAGAACGUAAAUAUUUCGCAUCAAAUUAUCAACCGCCUCAGCGUCUUGCUCCAAACUCCGAAAAAGGCGGACAAGCACAUCAGACGCUCUGCAUCAUCACUAUCAUCAGUAUGUAAAAAAAAAAAAUUCAGUUUGUGUCUUCAUCGUUUCCCGUCGCAGCGAGGGACCGACCAACGUGGUGAUUCAAAGUGAUAUUUACGGAAAAAAAAUCUGUUGCGAAUUGUUGCAUACUUAGUACCUAUCCUCAAAAAGCCACAGAAGUAGCAGCAAAAAAGCAUCGAUGUUGGGCCAUCUGCUGGUAUGCAGUGUCCACAGUUCAGAAUUGGAGAAGACAAACAGCUGCUGAAGCAAGCUAUGUGGAGAAUUACCAAGCACUAGGAAGCGAAGGAAGAUGUCGGUCACGGUAAGCAAACCAGAAAGCACCAGCUUAGCCUACAGCGACAGGCUGUGGCCCGUCGACGUCGUCGUCCUCUUCUACGCAACUCCUUUUCCUUCGUGGGAACAACAGCAGAUGUGAGAACGACAGACAGAGAGAUAGAUAUUGUAUUUAUGCACAAACAAACAAACAAGAACCUCUCUCUCUCAUUCUCUCUGUGCCUCUAUAUUAUAUGUACACUGUAUAAUAUAUAUUUUUUUGUGUUAUGUGUGUGUUUUUAUUUUUGUUCUGGUGCUCGUUGAAAUUCAAGGUGGAAAUUCCAAAUUGCCCAGAUACUUGUACCGAGCACUUUUGAGUGAAAACCUUGCCAUCCCCAACACAUCCAUGCCGCAUAGCAUGCUCCUUUUUGUAUAGAAAAACACACAGAGACUGCUUUCAUACAUCUUACCUGAUCAUUAUGGCCAAGUGUUUUACUCUUGUACUGUCAGUGUGGAUCGAGUGCCUACUUACAUAUUAGUAAUUCACGGUGGUGUGUGUACUCUAGACAGACGCUCCUGCUGUUUCCCUGACCGUGUAUAUUUUGUAAAAAUAGCUCCCCAGCCAGAGAGACCAGUGCGUACACUAUUAUUGAGGAGUCAUGUCUUGUAAUGUUUUGCAGGGGGAUGAUCCACCCUACCUAUCAGUGGGCACAGAAGUCAGUGCCAAGUACAAAGGUGCCUUUUGCGAGGCCAAAAUUAAAAAAGUCCAACGAUGUAUCAAGUGCAGAGUGACUUACAAGCAAGGCUUGGGCACAGCUACUAUAACGGAUGAUCAAAUCAAGGGCCAAAUUAGAAUUGGAGCCCUUAUUGAAGCCAAGUACAAUGACAGAAAAGACUUUGUUGAGGCGACGAUCAACAAAAUUCAAGACUGUAGUCAGUACACGGUUGUGUUUGAUGAUGGUGACAUUACCACUCUGAGGAGGUCUGCUUUGUGUUUAAAGAGUGGCCGACACUUUGCUGAAAGCGAGACUUUGGACCAACUCCCUCUCACUCAUCCGGAACACUUUGGUUAUCCUGUUACUGGCAGGCGUGGCAGGAGGUGCAGGCAAAAUCAAGAUGGAAGUAGUGAUGAGGAUGACGACGAUGGUGCUAGAGGUAGUAAUGACUCUGGUUCUGGUUCAGGAGGUAAAGAAGGACCCGAGAGAGAGCCAGAAAUUGGAAAAGUCGUUUGUGUCGAACUGAGUAAUGAUAAAAAGAAAAAGGACAACUGGUUCCCUGGACUCAUUGUUUCACCCAAUGCUCAGGAUACAAACAAAAUUAACGUGCAUGAAGAAUUUCUCGUCAGAUCAUUCAGAGAUUCUAGAUUUUACACAGUCCCUAAAAAAGAAACAACACAAUUUACUAAGGAUAUGGUAGCUAAAGUGGAACAUUCUAUCCUCAAAACUGCAGUAGAAAAAGCAAUACAAUAUUUAGACAAAGACGAAUUGCCAAAUCAUUGGGAUAGGGAUGUCUUAUUUGGAUAUGCAGUAACAAGCGAUAACACAGACUCUGAAGAAGGAGAUGAAUCGCCUAGCUCAGACGAUGAGCCGCGGGAGGAAAAAGAUCAUGUUGUUGCUACAUUAUACAAAUUCAUGGAUGAUAGGGGAACACCUAUCAACCAGUGUCCAAUGAUUGGCAAUGAAGAUAUCGAUCUCUACAAAUUAUUUCGUGCUGUUUACAAGCUUGGUGGUUAUAAUCGUGUGACAAAUCAAAAUCAAUGGAAAUCAAUCACGAAGCGGCUUGGCUUUCAAGUGCAAAAUAACCAGUCGACGCGUAAUGCUGUCAAACAUUCGUACAAAAGGUACCUGCACUCGUUUGAAGAUUUCUAUAGAAAAUUGGGUUGUACCAUGGUCAAUCAUCCAAGAAGUCGCACGGCUAAGCAGCGACCAGGACGUAGUUUGAUUAGAGAUCGAGAUCGAACGACAACUCCGAAUCAAGAACAACCGAGUAUUAAGAUAGAAAAAGAAGAAGAAGAAGAGAAAAAGCCAGCACUGAUUCCAGAAGACGAAAUAAAAAAAGAAAAAAUUAAAAAGGAAAUAAUACCGAAAGAGGAGGAAGUACAAGUAAAAGUUAAGAGAAAAGAAGAACCCGCAGACGAAGAUAUUAGUGGACAAGAAAGCGAUACAAAUCUCGAUGUGGAUGAUGAAUCUUCUGGUAGUGAAAGAUCGCUUAGAAGUAUUUCAAGGUUGACGCCGUCGAGUAACGUAAGCGGUAAAUCCAAGGUAGCUGUUAAAAACAAAGAUGAAACUCUGAAAAAGAAACCGAACGCCGAAAAGAAGAAAACUGAUACAAAAAAACUAGAGAAAAAAGACGAGAAAGGCAAAGAGGAUGAUAGCACAAAGACGAGAUCGAGGUCGAAAGAUGAUGUGAGUAAGGGAAGCAAAUCGAGUUCCGAAACUAGAGAAACAAGAGCACCAUCUAGAGAAUCGGAUAAAAAGCUUUCAAUCAAGCCUAGGAGGAUGACGGACGAUGAGCUAAAAAAACGUGGCCGCAAGAAGAAAGACGCUGAGGGGGAAAAAGGAAAAAGUUCUGAAGAACAAACAAUGAGCUUUAUACCACUUUACAAGGGACCCGUUGACAUAGGUGACAAGCUCAAUGUGUAUUAUGGACCAACGCACGAAAAGAAAGUCACGUACGAAGCUAAAAUCAUCGACAUAUCAAAGGAUGGUCCUGAACCUCUGUUAUUGGUACAUUAUACUGGCUGGAAUAAUAGGUACGAUGAAUGGAUAAAAUGUUCAAGGAUAGCACAUAAUUAUAGCCAGUCGCAGGGUCGAUCAAAGCGCUCCAAAACGACACCCCGUCCGCAAACGCCGAGUGUAAGUUCUACAUCCACACCAAAAUCGAAAACUGCGCCAAACGCUGGUACCGGUUCUUCACCCGCAUCUCAGAACCGUCGUCGUGCUCAAGGUGACACUUCAUCAACUGGAAGUGGUUCCAGCAUAUGCAACAGAGAUGCCCGCAAAGAUGAGAGAGAAGUUACGCCGACAACGCGAUCUAUGACGCCGUCGCCAUUGAUUUCAAACGUUUUGCGAACAAAAAGUCCAGCGUCGACAGCAAGCAAUCGGUCGACUCGUGCGACACGUAAUGCUGAUUCCGCGUCUUCGAGUGAUUUGAGUCGACGCCCGAGGCGAUCGUCGGGUCACACAGACACUAUCGCCGCCGAAGAGACGGAGAGCGAUGAGACAGACUCGCUUGAGUCUGAUGCUAGUAUUUCAACUCAAAUAACAUCGCGGUCUCGAGUGAGGGGGGUCCAGGAGAAGAGAAAUCGUAGGGAAGCAAGGAGACGAGCAGAAAGCCGCAUGAAAAUCGAAGAUGUGAGCGAUACAGAGGAAAAAGAAAUCGAAGAGCCAAGACGUGGACGGAGAAUAAGAAAGUCUAUUGGAAAAAUGCUAGAAAUCAAGUCGGAGCCAGAGAGUGACGAUGAACAACCCAAGGGUAGAGAUUUCGAUCUAAACCAAAUUAGAUCUGAACUUAAAGGUUUCGACAAAGCGGUUAAAUUGGAAAUAACGGCUGUUGAACGUGUUGUCGAAGAUCAAGAAAGUUCUGUCAUCACAAAGCAAGAAAAAAGCGAGCAAGAAAGUAUUUUGGAUAAAAAGAUUGAUCUUGAAUCAGAAAAAAAGCGUGAAAUUCCAAAAGUAGAGCAGCAGAUCGGCACUCCUGUAAAACGUGAAAUAUCAAAAGUAGAUCCAAGUCAACCCGAUAGCACGGAAGACAUCUACGAAUUCAAAGAACCUGAGCCUUUUGAGUUUGAAGUUCGAAAUAAAAGGGAUUCGGGAGGCAGCGGUAAUUCCACUGAUAAAGAAAAAGAUAAGGAAAAGGAUAAGCCAAAGAGCAAACAGCGACCGUUUGAAGAAGAUCUCAAGAGUCCAAAGAAACGAACAAAGCCACCCUUCAACCCCACAAACACAAGCCCAGCUAAAGUUGAGCAAAAGUCGCCGAUCGAAAAUAAUCCUGCUGAUCAGACGGCAGAUAUUAAAAAGAAAGUGCGAAAGAUUUUCAAAAAGAACGACGAAACGGAAGAAACUACUGAGACUGAAAACGAAGAAGCCCCACUUAUAAGUCUCAGAGAGCCAACCAAAUUUUACUGUUCCGCAACUUACAGCAAUAUGAUGGGCUACAGGCGAAAAGGAAACUUUACUGCAAAUGCCACGCGUCCUGACGAAAACUCGACUGAUGAAAGUACUUCUGCGGCCGAUAGCAUAAUCGAAAGAGUUGCAACAGGGGAUGACAGUGUCAAAAAUCCGAAAAAACGACAGCCAAAGACGUUUGGUAGCGCCGCUGCUGCUGCUGCUGCUGUAACCAAAGCUAAUGAGAUCAAGCGCGAAAUUUCCCCUAUGGACAGUGCUGAAGCCAAAAAGAAAGCCCGCAAGGUCUUUGGAAAAAUACCCGAUGACGCAGGUGAUAACGACGAAGAAGAUGACUCUAACAAAGAACUCGCAAAGUUCUUCCCGAACUUGAGCGGCACAAAAGCGCCUCGCAAGGACGUACUUGCGAACAAAGCUUCAGUCGAGACUGAUAAUACGGAUGAGAGUGUAAAUCCCAAGAGACCCGUUGAGGAUGAUUCGGUAAAGGGUGUGAAAAAAAGGCAAAAGAUCGUAGGGACUGUAGCGACCAAAAUCGACGCGAAUUUUGCGGAAACGCCUGAUGCUAAAAAGAGAGUCGUCCGAAAAGUUACUAAUAAAAAGUUGGGAGAUGCUGACAGCGUUGGCAACGAAAGUGACGAAUCGGAGGAGCCAGUACGUGACCACGUUAAGUACGUUUCCCAUUACUCCGGUCCCAAGGGUAAGGCGGGAUCUUUGGCCACAGAAAUAGAAAGUGCACAAGAUAAGCACGCUGUUCCUAAAGCAGACGCACAAGUGACGGAGCCACCUAAGGCGUUUGUACUUUCUAGUAGUGUCCAAUCUAACGUUUCCAAAGACGAUGGCAAAUCUAAACUUGUGGAGCCAACGGCACCUAUAACGACAUCCUCAGGAACUGACAGCAAACAAGGCCCUUCAGUGGUAGAAAAAAAGCGAGUUGGCGACGUAAACACGCCGAUGAAAACGGAAACCAAAACAGAAAUAAAGUCUUUGGAUUUUACACCAAUCGUUCCACAAUUGUUAACAGUGCCAGCACCGCUUAGCGCCCGAUUGCCAGCGACAGCGAGUAUCGAAGAAAAAUUGUCUGCAGCUGCGGUAUUCCGAAGUAAGAUGAAGGACGCGAAAAGGGACGACGAUGCAGAAAUUUUACCUAGGAAGUCGUUCAAAGACGUUAUGAAAAAAACUGAUACGUUAUCCGCGAAAAAGGCCCAGAAGGAGAAGGAAGAGAGUAAAGUUAAAUACGAACCACCAGAGAAAAAGAAGCAGCAGACUAACAUGGAACAGGUAGUUGUCAACAAAGACCCUCUUACUGAGAUCGAGGUGCGAAAAGAUCCUCUGUUGGAAGUUAUAAAGACAAAGGACGACGAUUUGCUCAAGAUUAAAAAAGAUUUCGAACCCAAAACUAGCCUAACGUCAGUAAUACCUAUAAUCACGAAAACAUAUGGAAAUCAGAGGAAAGAACCUCUCCGUAAGCCAGAAGAGGUCUGGAAGAAAGCUGCAGCUAUGGUUGCCUCAAGCAUAGCGAGCAACGAAGGGGUCUCUAGCAGUUCGUCAACCAUCGAAUCUACAAAGGAUUACUCUUCUGCGCGCAAAGAGGCAAUUGUGAACAAAAUAAAAUCCACCAUCGACCGUGAUUCCAUGGACUCAACUGACAGUAGUGAUUCUGAGAGACGACUGACGAUUAUCGACAAUGAAGACUUUACGGACGAUAAAGGUAAUGAGUCUGGUCCCGAUACCAUGAGAACAAAGGCGACUGUGAUAUCAGCUCCCAUAAAUCAAUUUAACAAUAUGUCGUUGCAACAAGAAAUAAAAAAUGUAAUUUGUAAUAUCGAAGCACCUCAGCAACAAGUCAUUGGUAUUAUUGGCAAUUCCGUUAUACAAGGUAAGAGUACAAAAACCGAGGAAGACGGUGAAAAUCUCAACUCUUUGCUGUGCGAAGAGGAAAUUCCUGGAUCGCCUACACCGGGUGGCGAGGCAGUUGAGCAGGAGCAACGGUCGGCAACUAUGCAGAACCUGGCCAAGAGUGAUAUUGGAAGCAAAGUUGCCGUUGCUUUCGUUGCUGCUCAGUUACCAUUGAGUACGGUUCCACCCCCUACUCAACUAUCGAACUGCACCCUAGUGACAACAAUGAGUGGGGGUAUGCCAGUACCGCAGAAUUCGAGGCACAUUGUUCCAGUUCCCAUGUCCAUUCAACAUUUGAACCUUCAGUCUAUACGUCAGACGCUAAUUCAGCCGCAAUUGCAACCACCGCAACAGUCGAUGCCACCACAGAUGCACCAGUCGCAUCAUCCACACCACAAUUUGCAGCAGCAGCAACAACAACAACAACAGCAACAUCAGCCAAGUAAUCAAGUUUCAAUGGCAUUACAACAGCGUAGAGAGAGCAACGAAACAAACCCUGCAAUGGAAAAUACUCCGCCAACGACUCCGGAUUCUAGCACUUCCAAUAUGUCGAAUUCACCGCGCAACGAGAGAACUGGGGGAUCGAUGCUUUCGUCCUCCGAAGACAACUCCAGCAAGAUGCAUCGAGACAGCUCCGAGGCCGAGAACGAUGGAAUCAAUAGUAAACCAAGUGGUGGAGGUAGUAGCCGAUCCUCGGCAAUUGUCAAUCCUGAAAUGCGUGGUAACGCGAUUGCCUCGACCUCGUCCUCCGAACGCGUUACGAAAACACCUCCCAAGCGGAUAGUUAAUGACAACGAUGGUGCGACUUCGCCCAAAAAACGAAAGAAGAGAAAAGAUCAGGACAUGAGCAGUGGCAUGCUGUCUUAUACAGGACCAGGAAAUUCAAUGGCAUCGGGUAAAAAGUCACCUAGACAGAGCAGCUUGCGCAACGCUAGACACGGUAGCGACAGCGACGACGAUCAAAACGAAAGUCUGAGCUCUAUGUAUGUGAAUAGUAAUACAACAAUGACGCUGCACUCUAGUAAUAUGGCAGGAGGAGCAAUGACCAACGGAGGUGCGAUUUCUUCUACGAUGAAUCCACCCGUUGCUGCAUCUGCUGUUAUACAUGCGAUACCGAAUAUCGGCUGUCAAAGCUGGAAUUGGAGUUACACACCAAAGUCCAAAUACAAACUGCUUCCGGAAUUAGAUCCAGGUUGGAGUUCUGAUGAGAGGAUAGAAAUUUUGAAUAAAAAAAUUAGUGAGGCAAGAAAAAUUUACGCAGAGGAGCAAGCCAACUUGGCUAAAUACGAAAAAUGCAUGAAGAAAAUGAAACGAAAACGAAGAGAAGAGCAAAGAGCGCUCGAAAGAGCAAUGUCAGCUGUUUGAUGAGAACGAAAAUUAUAAAGCUACAGCCUGUGUGCGCGUGAGACAUUAUGACAAUUCCUGAAGAUUUAACGACGAUAACGUGGGUAAUCAUGUCUAUAAUAAGAAUCACGUUAUCACUUUUAUUAGUUACUCCUACAGCUAUUCUUUUUUAUAAAACUAUUAAGACGUUAAUAAACGUGAAAAAAACGUCGUAUGACGAUCAUCAAGCGAUUUUUGUCAAACAUUUGAAUGCUGUUUUAUUUUACGUUUGCUUAUUUGAAAAUUUGAUUAAAAAAUUAAUUUUUAUACU